UCCAGCCACUUUCAAAGUUCAAGCAGUUGCGAAGUUUUUGCGGUGUAGAACAGUCUCUAAAUCUCAACUUUUCCUCACUGACUGGAUUUAGGAAUUGAGACCAAUUGCUAGGAGUUUGUGCCUGUCAAAACAAACUCUUUACCAUGGCUCUCGUCGAUGCCAUGCUACCUUCAAUCUCCACAUUUGCUGACCAGAGUAUGGAUGAAAAACAAGAUGAAAUUGUGCAUAGGUGGAAGGUGGAGCGCGACGACGGUAAUGGAGCGAGGAACGAAUUCAGGCCACGCAUUGAAGUUGAAUUCAAUGUCGUCGAGUCAGCGUCAUCAAAGAAGGAGGAAGAUGAUUUAAGCAAAUUCUUGGAUUUAGAGUUUAUCCUGUCCAAUACCAUUGCAUCUGAGAAUGGGAAUAACUCUUUACACCCAUCAGCUUACCCACUGCCCGAGACGCCUGAGAGCUGCAGUACUGUAUACGACAGCGACGGCUCCUACCCUACGCCAAACAACUACUGUAACAGCAAUAGCUUUUCAGGAAGCCCAAGCCAUAGCCUGGUCGCUGAACUCCUAACCCCAGAGCUGAACUACAACGGUUCUUGUGACAUUCAACAGGACUAUAGCAUGAAGGCAGUGGUGGAUAGAAGGGAGUACACAGAACUUAGGACACCCAACAUGGGGAAUCCUAUUCAGUUAUCUAUGGGCAUGGACAAUAUGCACCACAUGGGACUAAAAAUCAAAACAGAGAACCAGGAGCACUCAUGCAUGAUGGCAGCUGAAUGUAUGGGGCAGAUGAUAGACCAAAAGCCACCCCUGUUGCCCAUGCACCACCAACAGCAUAUUCAUCAAAUGCCACAUCAUGGGUUUGUUCAUCCCAGGGUACCCCAAUCGGCAUGCUUAGAAGAAAUGGUUCCAAAAGACUGCCACUCUAUCGCUGAUAUGCACCCCCACCCACACAUGGCCCUUCAUCAGCAGUACCAUUUCGGCAACUCAUAUACAAACCAUUAUGGCCACCACCAAGCCACGCCUCAGUUUCAUGGACAAUUCAACAUCUUUAGAGAGCCCAUGAAGGUCCAUCACCAAGGCAUGCGUGGUAUGAUGCUGACUCCUCCGUCUUCUCCGCACCUGGAAUUCUUUGCGCCCGUCUGCGCCCCAGAAGACUGCAAACCCAAACGAGGACGCCGAUCCUGGGCAAGAAAGCGGACAGCAACCCACAGCUGCGAGUUUCCGGGCUGUGGGAAGAUGUACACCAAGAGCUCUCAUCUGAAAGCCCACAUGCGCACUCAUACAGGUGAGAAACCUUACCAUUGCAACUGGGAAGGCUGUGGAUGGAAGUUCGCCAGAUCUGAUGAACUUACUCGCCACUACAGAAAACACACUGGUCACAGACCGUUUCAGUGCCACCUGUGCGAGAGGGCUUUCUCCCGAUCCGACCACCUGGCACUGCACAUGAAGAGACACAUGUAAAAAAAAAAAAAAAAAAAUUACAAAAUAAUUAUAAUAAUAAAUUAUAAAAUAAAUAAAGUGACUAUUUAUAAGAUCACAUAUUUUGGGGAAACAAUACGUUAAUUUAUGUAUAUAAAAGUGUCACUAAAUUAAGACUCAGUAUUUAAGAAAAAAGAGCAGUUAACCUUCUUGAUGUGUUACAAAUAAUGAUGUCAGCUGUGGCAUUUCAACUUUUACAAAACAGGGCGGGACCCAUGUUGUAUAUUGUUCUGUAUAGCUUUUUGAAACUGAACAUUUGUUUAUUUGUACAUUCGUUUUUGUUGUUAAUAUUGGUUCUGAAAAACCACCAUUGGUUUCCUACAUGGCAAGAGGCAAAACAAAAAACAACAACUUUUCAACUGUGGGGACUAUUUAAUUAGGCUACUAAUAAUAUUUGUUGUCUUAUAACUUAAAAAAAAAAAAAAAAAAAAAACAACUUUUUGUGUAUAAAA